AUGAGUCGCCCGGCACCGCGGGGUCAAUUGCCUCGACGCUCACCCACUCCACAUCCAGGCCCGGCGUCCGGUGCCGGCCUCGGCUCCGACGCACGCGCCGGCCCCUUGGCCCUGCGUGGGCAACGCCCGCCAUCACCCCCCGGAUAUGAGAGGCGCAGUGUGAUGCAGACUUGGAGGCGUGUCACUUUUGGACCCGGCGACGCAUACGAGGAAGAGGAGAUGGUUCGCACCAAGCACUACUACACUCCCAGCCACCCAGACCCUCGCGAGCGCAGCAGGGGCAGAAACCAGCGUCUCGACGACGACGACGACGACGGCGUACACGACAAAGACCCGUUUCUCAUGUCCGGCGCCAAUGGCCCCGGCGCCGGCGGGGACAACCGGCCCCCCUCGCGAGGACGCAAGGGCACGGCAGCGCCACUUCACAGGGAGGAGCAGGAGGCCAAGACUCCCGAGAGGGGCCGCUCCGAAGAGCGUGGGCGACGGCGCAACACGGAGCGUGCGCACGAGUCUGACGACGGCGAGUGGUACCACGACACGAUGCGCUUCCGCAGGGACGGGACCGUGGCCCAUCGCGACGAAAUGGUCUACGUGUUGGGUACGGUAUUGGAGAGAAAGAGGUGA